AUGAUCAAUCUCGCCAAAGCUAUCCUAGGGCUUGCUACAGAUACUUCAGCUGCUCCAGUGGCAAGCAAGCCUGAAGUUGUCAAUGUCGCUGUAACCACUGAAAACAAAUCAAUCUCCAAACCUCCCAUCGAGGAAAUUUUUAGAUUUCCCGUUGUCGCACAUAGCUUUGAUUUGACGAAGAUCAUGCUGCACAUGACGAUCGCGACACUAUUCUACAUGCGCGCCUUAUUACCAGAUACCGUCUUCAGCGAGCGAAACCUCCGAGGAGCAUCUUUUGAAAAAGGCUACAUCUAUUCCCAGAUAAUAAACGGCAAAGGCGUCGGGAAACUCAGAUCCCACCGAGCAGACUACGUUCCAACAAGGAUCAUCGAGAGAAACAUGAACGACGUAGCAGAUCACUUUCUCAAGCUCCUAGUAAGAUGCAGAAUAUACCUGUCUACUAUGCAAUAUCACACUAAUACCUCUCAAGAAAAUGGAAUCUUCGAAGCUAUUCGUCAAGGAAACCUUCAUGCCGUCCAGUUCACUAUCUUCGACAAAGCAGAUAAGCCCGAGGAAGCCCUGGAAUCCUAUACAUUCACCUUUGACUACAAUGGCAAUCGGGGCCCAGCAGACCGCAGAAAAUUGUAUAGCAGGAUUGACAUUGUGGAUAUAGUGGGAGACAAGAAGGCGUGGCGGGAUGUGAUUAGGAGCGGAGAGGCGCUCAUUCGACAACUGAUCACGAUGUGCGCGAGAUUUCCCACUUUGCCUAAUGAACGAUUCAUGGGCAUACAUGUCUUCUACAAGGAUGAAUGCGAUGAUUCCAAUGAGAUUCCUGGUUUCUCUCGUACUGCUGUUCAUGAUGAGCAUAUCGGAUACCCUUCUACUGAGAAUUGGAAGAAAGUGUCGCAGUUCUGUGGGACCCUUGAUAGUGGUUACCAUACUUCCGGAUUGCGAGUGAGCCAUCUCACACCCCAGAUUAUUGACCUGGAAACUCCCCUGGAACUGCUAGAUGCGAGCAAGACCAAGACGAAAGUGAAGAUCAAGACGGAAGUGAAGAUGACCAAGGACAUGUCGAAAAUCAUGGCAAACGAAAAGCCAGGGAUCCUAACCCCUUCAGCGAGAGGGCUCUCCGCUCAACGCAGAGCUUACAGAGCGGCGCUUCGGUUGGCAAAUAAUAUUGACGACGAAGAAGUUGAUAUAUCAGUUGCACGAGCCAAGUUAAAGAGGAACUCACAGACGCCUGAGCCAAAUGAGCCCGCAGACCGCAUAUUGGCUCGCAAGGCUGCUGGCCAGCGGGCUUUGGAAGAGAUCCUGAAAAUGCAAGAAGCAGGACAACGACCUACUGUCUGUAAGCGGACGGUGCAUUAUGUUGAAAACCGAGCAGUGCCGAUUGUCAAGCGCCCUGAUCUGAGUCCCAACGGGGAGAGUUCGUCGCAUCACGCCGUGGAUCAGAUCGAUGAUACCCGGUUUGCGAAGAUUGUCACCCGAUAUUCGACGCUGAUUGAAUCGUUACAGAUCAAAUGUGUCGGCUGCAACUUCACUCAGCACGCCGAGUGCUACGGCUACCGAGACGCCAAAGACAAUCGCCUUCCCAAGAUACGCUACUGCUAUAGCUGUCUGAUAGGUGACUCCUUUGACAGUGAGCUAAUGGAGAAGUUGAAAAAGCUCAUCAGGAUGCGGAGAGCAGUGAAAACAAUUCUCUUCGAGGGUAUCCCGCCAUCGAACGCCAUCCUGGCUGCUCAUCUUGACUGCACUAGAGACGAAGCCCGAGAUCUCGUACAUAGUUUUCGGAAACUCGGUCUUCUGACCAGUGGUCGUGGAGGGAAAGCCCAAGGAUUCUACAAGGGCAAUGAUCCCGAGUUCACGUUUGCUACUCAAGGAUCUAGUGUUCGAACUCUGGUCAAUGAAGUGCUUAAUCCGAUGUUGUUGAUUUGUCAAUAUUAUUACAUCCCCAUUCGCGUGCCUCCUUUGCCUUUCGGUUCGACUUUCUUUAGGACAAGUAUCCCUUACGGUCCAUCUGGUCCAUCUGGGAUGAAGCGUCGGGCUAUGGCUUUACCUGAACCAAGCAAGAAGCGCAAGAUUGGGAACGGGGUUAUGUUUCAGCAGUCUGAUGAUGGUGAUGAUGAGCAUGCAAUGGAGACGAAGCAAGAAGAAAGAAGGGAGGAUUGA